CUCUCGAAUUACCCUUGCUUGUUUCGACCCCGUCGAAGCACACGCACCCCCCCUCCCCCCUUCCAAAAAACCAGAAACGCGUUGAGUGUUUGGUGUAGGAACAACAGACUCCUCACCCCUUCCCCUUCCCUCUCUUUGCCUUCCGGAAGCCACUUGACUGAGGCCCCUUCCGCGACCAAAGACUAGGAACGUAACUUUCGACGUCCGACAAAAAAAUCCAUCCCAACCUCCAUCCAUCCCCAAGAUGAACACGCCGUACGCUUCGCCUUCGCUCUACGUCGGCGACCUCGCUGCUGACAUCUCCGAGGCCCUCCUCUUUGACCUGUUCAACGUUGUUGGCGCUGUCUCGUCCAUCCGUGUCUGCCGUGAUGCCAUGACCCGCCGCUCGCUCGGCUACGCCUACGUCAACUUCCACAACGUGGCCGACGCCGAGCGUGCGCUCGACACCAUGAACUACACCCUCAUCCGCGGCAAGCCGUGCCGGAUCAUGUGGUCGCACCGCGACCCGACCAUCCGCAAGUCGGGCGUGGGCAACAUCUUCAUCAAGAACCUCGACAAGAACAUCGACAACAAGUCGCUCUACGACGCUUUCUCGGCCUUUGGCAACAUCCUCUCGUGCAAGGUCAUGAUCAACGAGUCGACCGGCGAGUCGCUCGGCUAUGGCUUUGUCCACUACGAGACGCAGAAGGCCGCUGACGAGGCCAUUGCCAAGCUCAACGGCAUGCUGCUCAACAACAAGCAGGUGUACGUCGGCAAGUUUGUGCCGCGCUCGGAGCGCGCCGCCGCCCAGGGCGAGCAGCGGUUCACCAACGUGUACGUCAAGAACAUCCCGCUCGACUGGGACGAGGCCAAGCUCGAGGCCCACUUUACGCCUGCUGGCACCAUCACCUCGGCCGUCGUCCGCCGCUCCGCCGAGGGCGCUUCGCUCGGCUUUGGCUUUGUCAACUUUGAGACGCCCGAGGCCGCCAAGGCCGCCGUCGACCAGUUCAACGGCCAGGAGCUCCCUGCUCCUGCUGCCGCCGACGGCGAGGACGCCGCGGAGACGCAGACGCUCUUUGUCUCGCGCGCCCAGAAGAAGGCCGAGCGUGAGAAGGAGCUCAAGAAGAAGUUCGAGAAGCUCCGCCAGGAGCGCCUCAACAAGUACCAGGGCAUCAACCUGUACGUCAAGAACCUCGACGACUCGAUCGACGAUGACGCCCUCCGCGAGGCCUUUGCCGAGUUUGGCACCAUCUCGUCGGCCAAGGUCAUGCGCACGCCCGAGGGCGCCUCGCGCGGCUUCGGCUUUGUCUGCUUCACCACCCAGGAGGAAGCCUCGCGCGCCGUCUCAGAGAUGUCCUCGCGCAUCCUCGGCUCCAAGCCCAUCUACGUCGCCCUCGCCGAGCGCCGCGAGGUCCGCCGCGCCAAGCUCGAGGCCCAGCACUCGCAGCACACGCCUGCCCGCGGCAUGCCGCAGCAGGGUGCCGGCAUGCCGGGCAUGCCCUACCCCGGCCAGGGCCCCAUGUUCUACGCCGGCCCGCAGCGCAACAACUUUGGCGUCUACCCCCAGCAAAUGGUGACAGACUACCCGCAGCAGAUGUCCAUGCCCCGCCCCCGCUUCCCGCAGCAGGGCCAGCCGCCCGCUGGCGCCGGCCGCGGUGCCCCCAUGCAGGGUGGCGCGCCCAACUACAUGAUGAUGGGCCGCGGCCCGCAGGGCCAGCCGCAGAUGCCGCUCUCUGCCCAGCAGCCCGUCCUCAUGCCGCAGCAGGCCCAGCAGCAGGCUCAGGGCGCCGGCCAGCAGGACCCGCUCACCCCGUCCGAGCAGAAGGCCAUGCUUGGCGAGCGUCUCUUCCCGCUCAUCCAGCCUGUCCAGCCGCGCCUUGCCGGCAAGAUCACUGGCAUGCUUCUGGAGAUGGACAACGGCGAGCUCCUCAACCUCCUCGAGUCGUCGCAGGCUCUCCAGGAGAAGAUCGCCGAGGCCGUCAACGUCCUCAACCAGCACGCCGCUGGCGAGGCCCAGGCUGACGCCUAA